CGCCGCACCGUUCAGUCGAACAUAUCCGUUUAGCGCGAACGCUCGGGAGUAUACCGUGUGCGCCAAAAAAGCACACCUCCCACCAGUAGUGGUUAGUCGUAGUUUGCAGGAACAAAAUAUAUAUAUAUAUUAUAUUAUAUACGUGUAUAUAUAUAUACAUAUAUAUUAUUAUUAUUAUUAUAUAUAUUAUAUACAGCAACAACAACAACAACAACCACCCAAAAUCACGUAAUAAUAUAUAUAUAUAUAUAUAUGUAUAUAUAUAUUUUCAUAUAUCACCUUUAAUAAUCGCCGUGUUAACAAAAAAGAAUUGACGUUUCUUGUAAAAAUUCGAGUGCACAUCAUUACGACGACGCCGGUCGUGUCAAUCGCCGACGACACCACCGCUGCCGCUACCGCCGCCGUCACCGCUGCCGGGUUAACCACCACCGCAACGGACACCACGUGAACAACAAAUUCGUAUUCAAUUUCGUGUUAUAUAAUAUAUAUAUAUAAUUGUGUGUGCGCGUGUCUAUUUUAUUUCUCUGUCCUCCGUUUCCGUUUCUCGGCGUGUGUGUCUCUCUCUGUAUUCAUUAUUAUACGCGGGUGUUAUACCCUCCGUGCCGGUCGAGUCGUUCAAAUUUACAACGAAAUAAAUUGUUUUUACAUAUUUUUUUGUUUUUUUUUUUAAAUCCAUCCGUUCGCUAUCCGCCGGUCGUAUUCGCGCCAUUCGCUUUCGCUGCCGCCGCCGCCCGAUCGAUUAAAAUCGAAACGCACGUGAACUGUGCAGCAGCAGCAGUGUGCGUUUACCUACUGCAAAUCGUCCGCUCUCGUCCGCAGCAUAGAAAAUAAUAUCAACCGGCUAGUUCGCGUAUAUCAUACACUCACCCACGACACACUUAUCGCGCUUCACCCUUUCGUUCGGUCGUCGCCAAAAAGUUAUCACACGUAUACACAAACACACACACACGCCAGCGCGCACGCGUGAGUUCUUAUUGUUAUCGCAUUAUAUCGUCACGAUGGAAUCGCAGAGCGCACAGGACGCAGUGACCGUGGCCGCGGAGGUGCCCAACGACCCUGGGAAAAUGUUCAUUGGCGGUCUUAGUUGGCAGACUAGUCCAGAAUCAUUGAGAGAGUACUUCAGUAAGUUUGGAGAAAUAACUGAAGUGAUGGUUAUGAAAGAUCCAACGACUCGCCGAUCAAGCCGUGUUGCUGUAGCUGAUCAGACCGCUGGAAACGAAAACGAGCUGAAAUAUGUGUCAAGGGGAUUUGGGUUCGUCACUUUCGCAGAUCCGUCCAGCGUGGACAAAGUUCUGGCACAAGGAUCACACGAGUUGGACGGCAAAAAAAUCGAUCCGAAAGUUGCGUUUCCGCGACGAGCACAUCCGAAGAUGGUGACUCGAACGAAAAAAAUCUUUGUCGGUGGAUUGUCGGCGCCAACAACGUUAGAAGACGUCAAAAACUACUUUGAGCAAUUUGGACCGAUUGAAGACGCGAUGUUAAUGUUCGACAAACAAACAAAUCGACACAGAGGUUUCGGUUUCGUGACUUUCCAUUCGGAAGACGUAGUAGAUAAAGUCUGCGAAAUACAUUUCCACGAAAUCAACAGUAAAAUGGUGGAGUGUAAAAAGGCGCAACCGAAGGAAGUGAUGCUGCCGGCCAACCUGGCGAAAACGCGAGCAGCUGGCCGCGGGACUUACGAUUUUAUGUGGCCAUUGGGGACCUUGCCUGACGGUUUUCCGGCGGCUGCGUACGCGGCUUACGCCUCUAGCCGAGGUUUUUCGGGUUACCCUAGUUUCGGACUCUCGUAUCCAGCAGGGGUCGCCAUUAUCGGGACCAGACCUCGGUGCGGUAUUACUCCAGCCCAAUGCCAUAACGUGAUGAGCAAUUACCACCAUCAGGCAGCCGCGGUCGCCGCACAAGGUUUCGGGCCACCAGCGUCGCCGCACACCGGCGGCCCCGGCAACCCGCGGGCCGCCGCGUUCCCGCCGGCCACGUCGCCCGGCCCCGGCGCCCCGUCCACCAUGGACAUGUACAGCUCGAACCCGGCCGAUUACGUGCAAGCAGCGUCACCGCAACCGUCCGCGUUCCCCGCGAUCGCCGUCUCACGUGCGCCCAUUAAUUACAAUCCUGUAGGUAUAUAGUCCGAUUUGCGUAAGGGUUUGUAACGAUAUACAAUUUAUUUUUAUUUUUUAUGAUUUUUGUUUUUUAUUUUUUAUUUUUG